AUGGAAGCUAGUUUCUUCCUACUUCUUCUGUUGUCUUUCUACUCUACUAUACACAAGAUUUCUACUACAACGGAUGUAAUCACUACCAAUCACUCCAUCAGAGAUGGUGAAACUGUUGUUUCAUCUGGUGGAAUAUUUGAAAUGGGAUUUUUCAGCCCCAGUGGUUCCUCAAGGCGAUAUAUUGGGAUAUGGUACAAGCAAAUUCUUCCGGUACAGACAGUUGUAUGGGUUGCCAACAGAGAAAAACCACUCAUGAGUACAUCUUCAGUUGCUUUGAAGGUCACCAAGCCGGGAAUACUUGCCCUUCUCAAUGACAAGAAUGAAACUAUAUGGUCCACUAACACCUCAAGAUCAGUCCAAAAUCCAAUUGCAGUGCUUUUAGAUUCUGGUAAUCUUGUUGUAAAAGAUGCAAAUGAUGACAACCCAGAAAAUUUCCUCUGGCAGAGCUUCCAUUUUCCAACUGAUACGCACUUGCCUGAUAUGAAGCUUGGCAAGAAUUUUAAAACUGGCCAUGAGAUUUACCUUUCAGCAUGGAAGACCUAUAAUGAUCCAGCUCAAGGCGAAUUCACUCGUAACAUUGAUCCUACUGGAUAUCCACAGGUCCUCACCAAGCGUGGCACAAGAGUGAGAAAUCCAAACCACUGUUAG